AUGGAGGGUUACUAUUGGAUCCAGUUCGGGCUCAUCGCCAUCGUGUGCGCCAUGCUCGAGAUGCAAAAGAUGGGCACCAGGGAGAAGGUGACGAUGCCCCAGAACUUCAUGGCGUUCCGCAACUCCUACCUCUUCGUGUACUCGCUCAUGAUGGCCGGCGACUGGCUGCAGGGCCCGUACGUCUACGCCCUGUACCAGCACUACGGAUACACCACCGGAGACAUCGGCAAGCUGUUCAUCGCGGGUUUCGGCAGCUCCAUGAUCUUCGGCACCGUCGUUGGUUCCAUGGCGGACAAGUACGGUCGCAAGAACGCGGCGCUGACCUAUGUCGUGACCUACAUAGCCUCGUGCAUAACGAAGCACUGGUCUGACUACGGCGUCCUCAUGCUUGGCCGCUUCUUCGGAGGCAUCGCGACGUCGCUCCUCUUCACCGCAUUCGAGUCCUGGCUCGUCGCCGAGCACUUCAAGCGCGGCUACGAGGCGGAGUGGCUCGAUAAGACCUUCGCCAAGGCCAUCUUCCUGGGCAACGGCUUGGUGUCCAUCGUCAGCGGCUUGCUCGCCAACUACCUCGUGACGGAUAUGAGCCUCGGCCCCGUGGCUCCCUUCGACGCGGCGGCGAUUUUCCUCGCCAUCGGCGGCGUCGUCAUCAUGUUCUCCUGGACCGAGAACAAGGGUGAUAACAGCGAGAACACAUCCGUGCAGCAGGGUAUGAAGCAGGCGUACGAGGCCAUCAAGAACGACAAGAAGGUGUUCUACUUGGGCGCCAUGCAGAGCCUCUUCGAGGCGUCCAUGUACUCGUUCGUCUUCCUCUGGACCCCGGCGCUGGGACCCAACGGCGAGGAUAUCCCCCACGGCAUGAUCUUCGCCACGAUGAUGGUGGCGUGCAUGGUCGGUUCCUCCGUCGCGUCCAGGAUCAUGUCCAGAUCGGACAUGAAGGUUGAGCGGUACAUGCAGCUCGUGUUCCUCGCAUCCGCCGCGUCACUCGCGGUGCCCGUGCUCGUGGGGAACAUGGGUUUCAUGACCGAGGGUGAGCGCGGCGGGUCCAUGACGUUCGGGGGUAAGAUUCAGAUGCUCGCGUUUCUCGUGUUCGAGGCGAUGGUGGGUAUCUUCUGGCCGUCGAUGAUGAAGAUGAGGUCGCAGUACGUGCCGGAGGAGGUUCGAAGCACGGUGAUGAACUUCUUCCGCAUCCCUCUCAACCUCUUUGUCUGCGUCAUCCUCUACAACGUGGCGUUGUUCCCGCUGUCCGCCAUGUUCGCGAUGUGCUCGAUCUUCCUCGUCCUCGCCGCGUUCCUGCAGAAGAAGCUCGAGACCCUCGCCAACGUGCAGUCGCACAAGUACGUGCCUAUGGAGCAAACCUUUCCGUGA